AUGAGUGUAUCGGGGACCGGUGAUCCGGAGUUCUUUGCGUUUCCUCCGCCCUUUUACGGGUCCUGUGGUAUGCCGGGGUCGCGAACGUACCUCGAUGACCACGCAUCGUCGUUAAUGAGGACUGGACAACCGUAUCUGAUACUCUUCGGGUACGGAAAACCCAUUGGUGGAAGGGGUUGUCUGGAUAUUAUCUUCAGGAAGUCUAAGAAUCUUGUCAAAUCAUCCGGGACCCUCUUUAUACGCACCCAGUAUGUCGGAGAGGCUGCUAGACUACUGUGUAUUCGUAUCAAGGAAUACCCAGAUUUCAAAAUGAACUACGUGCAUAUUCCGGUGUCGGGGAAUCAUAAGAGACACUAUUACAACGAAGACGACUUCAAAGUUAAAGGCAUCAUCCCACGAAUCUGA